GAAGCAUCCCGUGCAAAGGCGCUUUCCAUCCAAGCAUGAAUUGAAGUUUCUCCGGCCGCAUAUAUUCUGACUCUGACGCCACUCACUCACUCAGUCUGCCGCCGCCCGCCUGCUCGAACAACCCUGCGGGCGGGCGUACACACCAGAACAAGCUAAGGACCACGCGCGCUUUACGCUUCCUGGCAGCUGAGAUGCUCCUCCUUCCUUCUUCCCUCGCUCUAAUACACUCUACCGUGGGCGCGCGCAAGUGCAACGCAUCGCAUUUCUCCAGUCCACACAGAGAACCAUUUGGGUAAGACCAUUGCUAUUCGAUUCGAUCCCAUCAUCACUAGCUGCUGCAGUUGCUGCUGCUUAGCUUCAUCUCAUCAGCAGCCAACCAUUCCAAGACUGUUCUUUGCUAAAAUUAAAGAUUUAGGGGUCGUCGGAGAGCUUGCAGCAGCAUCCGAUGGAGGUUUUGGUCGACGAUGUCUGGUAAUAAUAAGGUGUUGCACACACUGGUGCUGGCAUACAUGUAUCCGCAGAUGGUAUACCAUGCAGAUGUGCGGGCGAGGGAGAUGGAGCUGGCGGCCGACAGGCAGAUGGGCUGCUCUUGCUCCCCUUUGGGAAGGAUGAUAUCGAGAAUGAUAACCAAAUGCAACGGGCGCGAAAGGCGCGUCCGCAGGUACAACGACAAGAUGGACUACGCCAUGGCGUACGCACCCGCGCAGACGUGCUACGUGCGCCCGACCGCGCGCACCGUCACCUUGGCCACCAGCAACAGCCACGCCCACGCCCACGCCCACGCCGUCCAGCCGGAGCCGCCGCAAGCGCACGCGACGGCGACGACCCUGCCCGGCACGCCGUUCCCCUCCACGGGCGCCCCACCUCAGGGCGCCCGCAAGCCCAGGAAGAAGAAGAAGAAGCGCGUCCGGUUCACGCCAUCGGGGCCGGUGCCCGCGGACGACGACGACCAGCCACCGCCGCAUCACGCGCAGCAUCACGCCGCGACGGUGGCGAGCGGCGGGGCUGCCGGCGGCACAGCCGGCGUGGUCUACCACCACCACGGUGGAGCUGAGCCGCCGACGUACCACCCAUCCCCUGCUCAUCAGCCGCCGGCACACGGCGGGCACGGGUACGCGUACGGCUACGGCUGGUACGCGCCGUCGCCGCUGCCGCGGUGGGAGACGCAGGCGGGCACGCCGAGGCGGCACGAGUACUUCUCCGGCGAGUACCGGUGGUACUACCCGACGCCGGUGCGCGAGGGCAUCUACAGCAUCGCCACCGACGCCAACGGCCGGCUGAGCACCAUCUUCAGCGAGGAGAACCCCAACGCGUGCAGCAUCGUCUGAGCAUAUUGAAUUGUUCAUUCGGUGGUCAGAGGUCACUGGUUGAAUCAGAGAAUAAAAUGACUCGUUAAUUUCUUACUUUGGACAAUUAAAGUAGUCAACUAAUUAGGAGAUCAAUGAAGAAUAUGGUUCUUGUAGUUGUGUGUAGAUAAUAUAAGCUACUACUAAGGUUGGUGAUGAAAUGGAUGGGUUCGAACGUUUUGAUGCUU